AUGAUGUUUCCUAAAGCCUUGCUAAUGUUACUUAUUGUUUAUAAAACAUAUGCAACAGAAGACGUCGCUCUUCACCAGAUCCAUACUGAUAAUGAAUUUAUUUUGUGUCGCACUUGUGGAAAUUUGAUCACAAUUUCCAAAUACGUUACUGAUAAACGGAGUCCUGUUUCCCGGUUUAUUUUUAAUGAUACUAUAUUUAACAGAAAAGAGGUUGUGGUUCAAGAGUUAUUAGGUGAUUUGUUUCUUCAUUUUCCUGUGGUGACCUUUUUAGAUUCUACUUGUACAGGAGUAGGAGAGUGGGAGGAAAGUUCUUGGUUUCCUGGGUAUAUUUCAAGGCCAUGUAUGUGUGCUGAAUGUGGCACAUACCUGGGUUGGGUGUUCCAACCUGAACAACCAAAAAAGAAUUCUGAGUUAUUUUUUGGUUUCAUCUUAUCAAGCCUUAUUGGGGAAACUUUUGUAGAUUCCCUGGUUAUUUAUCCAACAAAUAAAAAUUAA